CGUUGUGCAAGGUUGAAUGGCGUCCAGCAGAGCUGUUGAGGUUGUUGUUGUUGUUUUUGGAGAGGAACGUCUGUUCCUCGUUCAUGUCGGUGCAGGUUCGUGCGUCACGCGGCUACAGAAGGUGAAUGAGUGACUGCUGAGAAUGAAUCAGUCACUGGACACCUGUGGGUCAUGUGCCCGCGAUGCAGCGCAGCUGAUUGAUUGGUAUUCUGAAAGCGUUUUACACGAGCGCUUAAAGUGAGGAAGGCGAGCGCGAGCUAUGCGAUGGACGCCAUGCGUUUACGCGUUACAUUAGGCGCGCGGAGAGCAGAUGUAACUGGUGGCGAGGCUGGCGCUCCUUUGUAGUAUCGAUGAAAGGACGUCAAAGGUGUGCUUUCUGUAGCUCUCAAAUCAUUAAAGAUCCCCGCUAAAGGAAGCGUUUCCCUCGCUCUUUGCGGAUUCGGAUGGCAACAGAUUGAGGCGCAUUGGACUCCAGACUGAGAGGAUGCUGAGGAUGAUGCUGGCUUAGAUUGUUUAUCAUCUUCCUGAUCGCAAUGUAUACGUGUCGCAAACAAAUGCGUUCUUGAUAAUCAUGUAAUAGCUGGAGGAAUGUUUAGUUCAGGUUACUUUUCGGUGGAAAUCACAUCUGGAUUAACUCUUCAGGAAGAUAUGAUUCACCUUGUUCCUUUCAUGAGCCUCGUUCUGUCUCUGUUUGGAUGCCACAUCUGCUCUGCAGGGGCGAACCGCCCUGCUGUACCUGUCAAUGUCUCUGUUUCUCACCUGGGGGCGGAUUCGGCCACCGUGUCCUGGAAUAUUCCGGAGGGAGAGACCGUAAUUGGCUUUGCCAUCUCACAGCAGCGUCAGGACGGGUUGAUGCAGCGAUUCAUUCGUGAGGUGAACACGACCAGUCAAGCUUGUAUACUUUGGGAUCUGGAUGAAGACACAGAUUACAUCAUCCAGGUCCAGUCCGUCGGACUCUAUGGAGAGAGUCUGGCCAGCAAAAAGAUUCACUUCAGGACUCUUAAGAAGUCUGAACAUUUUCAGUCCACCAUGAUGGAUCAGGAUGACCCUGCGGUUGAGGGUUUAGACAUGUCCAGACACCUGCAGACUGGAGAGAUACUGAUCAUUAUGACUGUACUACUAAUGUGGGCAGGUAUCAGAUCUGCGUCUUGUAUUCAAGCUGAUCUCUGUCUCGCUACAGCUGUGAUCGUGCUCUUCUGUAAGCAGUACGAUAUCAUCAAAGACAACGACUCCAACAGCCACAGUAAAGAGAAGAGCAAGCCGCUGUCUGGCCAGAGCACUCCAGACUAUCACCACGGAGGCCUGCUCGGCAGCAAGUUCCAAAGGACAUCCUCGUCUGUGAGCAUCAUCAAGGUUUAACCGCAGCAUCACCACAGAUCCUGUCAGCGGAUAUCAGCUCAUCUUCUGAUAUUCAAGAAUUAAAGGCAAUAGUAACGUAAACCUUUCAGCCGCAUGGGAAAUUGUAGGGUAGUAUAUGAGUAUUCAGGACUACAGUAUACUCCAAUAAACAACAAUGCCCUGGACAAUGAACAUACUGUACUUUGACUAAAACAUCAAUUGUAAUCAGGGUAGGCGCAAUCGGUGCUACAGAUGUGAUUGUGAAAACACUGGCAGCCGGAUACAGCGGUUUAGAUGUUUGCUGAUUAUGUGUGUGUGUGUGUGUGUGUGUGUGUGUGUGACAGAGAGAGAGAGAGAGAGAGAGAGAACGUGUUGCAUUGAAAGAUGACUAAUAAUUGUAACAAUUCCAAAUGUGGCAUUUCUCAUUAAUACAUGUAAAUUAUGACAAUAAAUUCAUCAUCAGCCACAGAAGUGGCUUUAUAUGCAUUAUUAACCUCUCACCGCAGUGAACAGUAUAUCAUUGGCUUGUUUUAUGUUUUUAUUAAAUAUUAACACUGUUAUUAAAUGUUUCACACUCUUGUAGAGUUGAUGGCGUGUUCAACAGUGAGGUUUACAGCAGAUCCAGUGCAGGAAUGUCCGUGUUCAUAAGAAAUAGUUUUAUGUGUGCCUUUCUAUGCCAAACUAGUUAAAGUUUCUAUUUUGAGCUUGUAAAUUAAAGAGUUCGUAAACCCAUAUGUCUGCUCUGGUAUUGUAAUGUGCAUAGUUCAGAAAAUAAUACUUUAUUUUAUUGUUAGAUUUUUUUUUCUUUAUUCUCUAAUUGAGAAGUUUUAUAUAUGUAAAUUAGCUAUACAUAGCUGUAGUUUUGGGCAAUAGAUAAAGAAUCUAGUUUAUAAACUGUAUUUCAUUGCAAAACUUAGAAGGGUAGUUUGUUAAUAUUCUAGUUCUCAAUCCUGCUUUCCAAUAAAUGGAAAAUGAAACACCA